AUGGAUAGUCAAAGCACUGCAAAAUUUAAUAUCACAUCGACGACCGCAGGUUCAAAUACAUUAGAAGCAGAACCAUCUUCAGCACGAAAUCGAAAUUCAGCGAGAACCACAGGUAGUUAUAUGAGCAAUUUAGCUCCUCCUUCAAAUCUCAAUAAUUUGAGUGGUAAUAAUCUUCGAGGAAGAAAGCCAGUCAUUGUGACACAAAGUAAGAAAAAUCGAUUUUUCCUGGCGUCUAACAUUUUGACAACAUGUAGAGUUUUUACUGGAAUUGUUUCGUUCUCCUUGACAUUGGUGUUCACAUCCAUUCUCUUUAACGCCAAGCAAGAUACUUGUGCUGAAAAUGUCACCUUCAUACAGAGUCUUCAAGGAUUGAGAGAAUUAUUGCUUCCCUAUCUGAUCACACAAUUUGGUGUAAUUUUCGUAAUUCUAAUAAUUGUGUUGACCAAGUUAUUGGUCAUGUAUUGGCUUUUGGCAAAACCAUCUUCGUGGUUAAAACGCCAUGUCACCAAACUCUUUUCAAAGCAUAAAAAAUCAGAAAUAAACAAUCAAGCGUAA